AUGCUUAAUAUUGUUGAUGUUCAACGGGAUUUGAAAUUUCAAGUACAAUGUGAAGCGAGCUUCAAUUUUACUACAAUGCCACAUGACUUGAAACAAAAGAAAAACACGAACGCUGCCAUUAUCGGUCAACUUUUUUCUUUCUUUCUGUUUUGUCCUUUGAACAAAGUAAACACAGCACCAAUAUUUCCAUUGUCAGAUGUUUUGGAGAACUUAGAAUAA